AUGGGUUCUUCAGACGAUGGUUACGACGACCCAUUUGCUGGAAUUUACGAGCCAUUUUCUGGGUUAAAUGAGAUGGAUUUUGAGCUACACGGGAUUUACAUGGAUCAUAAACCACGACAGGAGUUUGUAUCAAGGCUUGAUAAAUGUAAGGAUCAUUUUCUUAACAUUCUAAUUUCUUAUGCGAACAUUAGAAAUGCAAGUAUGAUUGAUGAGGUGAAAGAUCGAGUGGAGCAUGAUAAUGAUUUGCAAAAUGAUGAGGAGGCAGAGGAAGAAGUGACUAACAAAUACAGAAUACAUGAUCCAAAUGUUAGGUGGGAUAAGAUGGAACCUAAGUUAGGGGACGUGUUCGGAUCACCUGCACAGCUGAAAUUGUGUGUGACAAACUAUGCAGUAAAUUGA